AUGGAGCGUCAAGGGGUGGACGCGUCUCCCGCGCAGUUAAAGGACCAGGACCCGCAGGCGAGUGUGGAGAGCGGGGAGCAUCAGCGGAAAGAGAACCCCGAGGAAGAGGCCAGCGCAGCGGCGGCCAGUGCCAACUACCUGCUGCCAGGCCCCUUCUCCUCUCUGCACUCUAGCAUUGAAAUCCUGAAGAAGAGAGCCCAGGACCUGAUCGAAAACAUCAAUGAGAGCAGACAGAAGGACCAUGCACUUAUGACCAACUUCAGGGACAGCCUCAAGAUGAAGGUCUCUGAUCUGACAGAGAAGUUGGAGGAGAGGAUGUACGAGGUGUACAGCCACCACAGCAAGAUCAUUCAGGAAAGACUCCAGGAAUUCACCCAGAAGAUGGCAAAGAUCAGCCAUCUGGAAAUGGAGCUCAAAGAAGUCUGCUAUACUGUGGAAACUGUGUAUAAGGACCUAUGUGCCCAGUCUGAGGUAAAACUUUGGGGGUGA